GUAGGAAGCAAAAGGGGGUUGGGCGCAUGUUCAUUCAAUUACUGGUAAAGUGAACAGUUGCAGACUGUAAGGCUAUUUCGCGCCCAAGAAACUGCUUCCUACCAGGUAAACCUCUAGACAGGCCUGACAGUGGAGAUGUCCAAAGCGCCAGAUUGCCCCGCAAGGACCCGCUCCAGAUCAAAGUCCAGGUCCAGGUCUUGCACACGGUCUCAUUCCAGAAGCCGCUCCAGAUCCAGGAAGCACCGCUACAGGUCGCGUUCCCGCUCCAGAUCUCACUCUCCGUCCCAUGGCAGGAACUAUCCCACCAGAGACUACCAGAACAACCGGGGUUACCAGAGGGGCUACAACCGUGGCUUCCGCAGACCCUUUUACUUCCGCGGUAGAACCCGGGGCUUCUACCCUCGCCAUGGUUACCAGAGAGGCGGUAACAGCUACGGCUACCGAGCCAACAACUGGCAGGGGGGGGGCUACCGGGACGGGCCACCCCAAGACCAGGACCAUCACGGUCCUCACAGCCCCAGGAGAGGGAGAUCUCGGUCCCGCACGCCCCGGAAACGUUCCGGCAGCCGCAGCCACUCCCGGUCUCGAUACUCCGACCGUUCGUCCUCCAGGGGGUCCCGACGGUCCCGGCGGCGCCACAGCUCCUCUUCCCGCUCCUCUUCCCCGCGGAAUCGCCGCAGCAGCCCCGGCUCAGGGAAGCCUGGCUCUAAAGAUGUGAAGGACAAGACUACGCCAGCAGAGGCCAAGGAGGAGAGGGGAGGGGCUGGGGAGCAGGCAGGGGGAGAAGGCAGCAGCCAUGAUAAGGCCUCUGCUGGGAAAUGGCAGGGUCUGAGUGACUAUAACACCAGCCCCAAACGCAGCAGUCCGGCUGUUGGUGCCAAACAGGGGAAGUCAGACUCCAAAGGGUCAUUGUGGAGAACCAUGGGCAGCACUGGCAGUGUUCCCUCUACCAAGAGCCCACCAGACUCCACCAAGGCCGGGCCGACUGCUUCCACCAGUGGGUUUGGUUUCUUUGGCAAGGAGGAUCCCACCAGAGCAGACGAUAAGACUGCUAUUUCCUCUGCUUUCAAAAAGUUCUUGGCAGAAAACAAGAACAAAAAGCAGCAGCAGGCGGCGGCAGAGUGGGAGAAUGGCCAGGAUGGAGACGGCAGAGAGAAGGGGAACAGCAAGAUUGGAGGAGGCCUCUUCAACAUAACAGCAGCCUCCUUCAGCUCCAAGACCGAUAAGUCCCUGCCCUUCCUGGAAAGAGCCCAAGAGGCCUUCCUCAAGUCUCAGGCUGCUGAAAGAGAGGAGGAGGAGGUGGUCAAGCCCAAAGGAGCCACCCUGACGACACGGGAUGUGUUUGGGAAGUGGGAAGACGAGCCCCAUUACUACCCCCCGGGGAAGGACGAGGAGAGACGGAGAGAUAUGGCCGAAGACGUGGAUGAAGAGCUGGAGCACAUGGAGGAGGAGCUCUACCGCAGCCGCAAGCAGGCCUCCAAGAAAGAAGAGAAGUCCAAGAGGAAGGAGAAGAAGAAAGAGAAGGAGAAGAGCAGCAGGAGGAGUCCAUCUCCUGUCAGCGCAGCAGUGCCCCCUAGGGGUUCAGGCAGCGGGGAGGACAGGCCCUUGGCCCUGUUCCCCAUCAAUAGGUUGGAGUCACACCUACCCCGGCCCUCUGGGAAGAGGGAGGGCUUGGAGCACAGUAUCAACACAUUUGAUGAAAUGCCCAGCUCCUCUGGAAGUCUGACUAAGGAGCGUGGUAUGUCCAGGGAUCUGGUGCAUCCCAGUAAGAAAGAUCCCGGACAGUUCCGCUCCAUUUUCCAACACAUACAGGCUGCUCAACUCCAACGCAGCCCCUCCGAGCUGUUUGCGCAGCAUAUUGUCACCAUUGUGCAUUACAUCAAAGCACAACACUUCCCCUCUUCAGGCAUGACUUUAAGUGAGCGAUUUGCCAUGUACCAAAGAAAAGCAGCUGAGAUGGAAUUGAUUAAACAAAGGAAGAGUCCAGAAAUCCACAGGAGAAUCGAUGUCUCCCCCAGUGCUUUUACCAGACACUCUCACCUGCUUGAGGAGUUGGAGGAUUGCAGCUACAAGGAUCGGGGUAGAACAGCAAAAACUGACCCAAUGGACCUGCGUCUGGAUAUAGAGCGCCGUAAAAGGUUUUCUGGGAAGGAGCCUGGGCAGCAGCAACGGGAUGGGGGCAAGGGCUCCCAAGGACCCAGCCAAGAGAGGUCCUCAGAGAAAUCUUCCAAACGCCACAAGAAAUCAAAAAAAAAGAAGAAGAAUCGUGAUCGCUCUCCGUCCUCCUCCUCUUCCUCCUCCUCUCCCUCUCCCUUCAGAGGUAAAGACCACAUGAUGGGGGAGGAGAUGGAGCAUAUGGACCAGGGCUACAGUAAGCCUCGCUUCGGGUCCCGCGACUAUGAGGGCCCUAUGGACAGGGGUCCCCCCCGGGACUAUGAGGGCCCUAUGGACAGGGGUCCCCCCCGGGACUAUGAGGGCCCUAUGGACAGGGGUCCCCCCCGGGAUUAUGAGGGCCACAUGGAUAGGGGCCGAGGACGUGGAAAUGGUGGAGGAUUUCUUCCCAGACUCAGAGGAGGAGGAAGGGGCUGGAAUAGGGGCAAUUACCAAGGUAACACAAGCAGCAAUGGCAACCCCCCUCCUAGUAUGAACACCGCCCCCCCAGAGCGCCCCCCAGAUGAGGACUGGGACCCAGAGUACACCCCCAAGAGCAGGAAAUACUACUUUCAUGAUGACCGUGAGGAUGAGAAGCCGUGGCUGGAGAGCUGUGGCCGAGGGGUCUUUCCUCACAGCAGGGGUCGCUUCAUCUACCGCAAGGGGGGCAGAAGCCCCAACAAGUGGACUCAUGACAUGUUCCAGACUGGGGAGGAGGGGGGCGGCAACAAGGAGGAGGAGCACCACACAGAGAUGGACCAGAAAGACGACAACCAGGCCGCCGUAGACCCCUCAGCUUCCUCCAAACUAGUAGAGGACUAGGCCCUGUAACUUCUCUUGCUCUUCCCCUUGCUCCUUCUCCUCCUCACCCCAUCUUCUACCACCAGAGCUUUCUGUCCAUUUGUGAGAGGUCAUCUGAUCCUCUGAGAUCAUCUCUGUGUAGGCUAUAGGAGCCUGAACCCUGGUAACGUGCCUGGCCCUGCACACAGUCACAUCAGAAUGUACAUGAUACACUGGUCUUUGUAUUGUUGAGCCAGUGCCACUUUCAGUAAGAUGUUGAAUUAAGAGCAAUACUUUUUUAUUUUAAUUACUACCAGUAAUUUGUCUUUGUUUCUGAGUGUUUUUUAUUAACUACCAGUAACGUGUCUUUGUUUGUCUGUAUUUGCUUAUUUGUUUUGCGAACAGCUGACUGGUUUUCAGUUGUUUUCUGGGUCUGCAAUGGUGACUGUAUUGCAGCUACAUUGAUUUAAAACUUCAAGGACAAAAGUAUUUUCCCUCUUAAGACAUUGAAAUGACAUGCAUUUGUGCCUUAAAGUUUAUAUUCAUACAUGGUGAUAUAUGUGCAUCGCUCAAAUGUUGUGCUAAUUUUGUGCUGUACUAGCUAACGCAAGCCUUUAGCUAAACAGUUGUUUUGGACAAUGAUAUGUUUCUGAGGGUAUUUGCAUAACCAUUUGGACUCGAACCUCCCCACCCCAUUGGACCAACCUACUGUGGGUACUGAACCUCCCCACCCCAUUGGACCAACCUACUGUGGGUACUGAACCUCCCCACCCCAUUGGACCAACCUACUGUGGGUACUGAACCUCCCCACCCCAUUGGACCAACCUACUGUGGGUACUGAACCUCCCCACCCCAUUGGACCAAUCUACUGACAACUCCCCAUUAGUUUCUCACACAACGGUAUGUCUUGCCCCAUUUGAGAAUUCUUAAUCAUAUACUAAGCAUUCUCAUUACUUUUGGGGGGGGUUUUGAGAUUUUGUAUGUGGUGCCCCCCGUUGAUACUGGAUGUUUUUUUGUUUUUAAAGCAUCACAAGGAUUUUCACUGUGUAAAAUGAAAGGACUGUGACAAAAAAAAGUUUUGUUUCAGAGUAAAUUAACUAUUUAGGAGGAAAAAUAAAGUAAAUUAUUGUUUUUGAGGCCUUUAUCUUCAGAGUCUAAACGUUUAAAUAGAAUACUGUAUGUUUUAAUAACAUUUUUGAAAAUGGAUCAGUUUAUGGGCUUGGAGUCCUUCAGUAAUGUUCUUUAUCAAAAGGUAAACCUGGACUGUUGAGGUUUAUGGCGUAAGAUAACUGAAGUAGAGAACAUUUCCCUGUAUGUGGCAAAUACUGUCAAAGUAUAAUUGUUGGUGGCGUUUAAACAGGUGAGUAGGGUUUAGUGAGGUACUGGGCUGCUUUGUUUGGUCUAUCCAGACUGUCCUGUACUGUAGGACUGUGAUUUACAUUUUUGUUUUUUUUAUGCUACAUUUGAAACUGAAGCUAACAUUUUCUGUUACUUCAGAGCUUUGAACUACUCUUCUAUGUUCAAUAAAUAUGUUCUCCAGUUCGCUUGAA